CUCUCUCUCUCUCCUACAAUUUCUCUUCCAUUUCCCACUUUCCUCUCUCUAAAAACAUGUCCACUCUCAAGAAAAACAAUUUCCAUCUCUGGUUCUCAAAGCUCCGCUGCUUUCCGGCCGCCGUGAAACCCUCAUCGACGCCGCACACGCCCAACAAAAAACCCCUUUCCAUUACCCACCUGGAAAACUCAGACAACUCCUCUACUUCCACCGCUGCUGAUGAUGGGUUUUUCUCCGACGACUCCACUUCCGAUUCCGACGCCGUACCCGACUUCUCCGCCGCCGUCGCUUCCCAUCGCUUCUUCUUCUCCUCACCUGGCUGCUCCAACUCCAUCUUCGACUCUUCUCCCGACACCCAUCACGGCGCCGCCGCCUCCGCCGCCGUGCACGGCGGCGUCAAGGUUCGGAAGGUUUCUAUAGACCCAUUUUUCGAUUUUAGAGCUUCAAUGCAGGAGAUGGUCGAAGCGAGAGAUCAGCCAGUGGACGUCCGGCGAGACUGGCAGUAUCUACAGGAGCUUCUACUCUGUUAUCUCCAAAUCAACCCCAUUGAUACCCACAAGUUUAUAUUAAGAGCUUUCUCCGACCUCGUCGUUUCUUUACUGGAAUCAUCGCCGGAAUCACCCUCCAACCACCAUCUCCGGCAGCACAAUAUGAACUCAAACAGGUGGUUGGUCCAAUAACAAACAAAAAAUAUCGUCUACACCAAUUCCACUCCCGACAAGGUCAGAGGAAGCUCAUUGGAAAAUCCUCGUACAAAUUGGCGAUCCAUGUGUAGGUGAAAGCUUAGUAGUUGGUGAAAGUUGGAAUGUUGAUUCAAAGAAGACAAAACAAAAUGUGGGUUUGGAUGAUCACACACACACAGAAUGAAGGAAAGCGUGGGAUAUGCAACAAAAGAGAGAGAAUAUAGCGUUUACUGUUUGGUUGGUGGAAGAGAAAAUGAAGGAAAAGAAAAGAAAAGAAAGGAAAAAAGGGGGUUUUUUUUCUUUUGUUUUGGUACAUAAUUGCUGACAAAAGGGAGCCAGAAGGGUUGGUUUAUUGUCCUUAGAGACAGAGAAGAAGAGAGAAAGGGAGAAGGGUUGGGAGUGGUCCUCUUAAGUUCAUGUUUGGUGAUGACAUAAAUGCUUGUAAAUUAAUGGCGUUUGCAGUGUGGAAGAAGGGCUAAGAGCUGAAACACAAAGCUUUUUUUUUUUAUUAUUUAUUUGAAUUUAAGAUACAAGGAGUUUGUGGGGUAUGGAGAAGUUUUGUUUUUUUGUUUGUUUUUUGGUUCAUUUGGGAGAGGAAAGAAAUGAUUUUGAAUGUUAUAUGUUCAUAGUGUUCAUCUUUUUUCAUGGAAAUCAUUUUGGUUUGGUUGCCAAUUGAAUUGUGUUCAUCUUUUA